UGUAAUUUUAUUUUUCAAAAACACGGAAAUUCCUGGCGUUCCUGUUGCCGGCUGUUGAACGUGAUGAGCAGGUAGUUAAUCGGGAACAUGGACCACGGAGGAUGCGCUUGGCCCAGGACGUUUGCAUCGCAUGGUAGCUGCCCAGAAUAUCUUCUCGCAUUAUGACGAACGUGGGCGCUGUUUCCGUGAAGUCGGUACAAUCCGAAAUCCGAUCGUUCAUCAAGUAUAUCAACACGACCCAGCGGACGGUGGCGGUGGAGUGGGUCGAUUACAACGGGAUAGCGUGCAACUUUAGGGUGCUGCAGCCACAGGAAUUCUGCCUGAUAAACACGUACGUGACGCAUCCGUGGAGGUUCCGGGACAACGAAACGGGCGAACAGAUGCACGUGAGGGGCCAGCCGGUGUACAUGCCCGAUCCCUGGUUUAACAAUUUUGAUGCCAAUGGUAAGCCAACGAGGAAGGAAGUCCGGAUACACUUUCCGUUACGUACACUACGAGAUAACUGCCUUUGGCGCAUUACGGAACUUGUCCCGGGCGAGAACGCGCUGCGGGAGCUGGAGAUACCAAGGAUCCUGGUGGACGAGCUGUUGAAUCUACGGGAAAAUAUACUUGCAACAAGGAGAUCCUGGGUGUAAAGGAUGAAUCGAAUCUUUAACCUGCCGUUCUUUCUUUCGAGGAAAAGGUCAUCAUAGUGGGCUUGAAAGAAAAGGCAC